CUUCGGACAUGAAUGUGGGGGGUUGAACCCGAGAACACCCCCCCCCCUUACCUACGUCCUUGGAUUGGGGUUUUCCCCCUACUCUGCAUAGAGAUGCUGCUGCAGAUGUGGCCUCCAACGUAGCCUGAGGGCAGUCUCUUUUUAAAAAUAACUCACCACGCUGCAGGCCAGAGAUGCCCCACUCUUUCCAGGAUCAGGGAAGAUGUGAUUUCCCCCCCUGACUGCACAGGGAAAGCAGAGCAGAGCGGCUCCUGGUUCCUGCACGGCUGACCAUGGGCCAAGCAAAGAGCCGGCGAAGACCACACCAGGAAAUCUGGGCCGGGACAGACUUGAACCAGCUGCCUCAGGAGCUGCUGGUGCUGAUCCUGAGCUGGGUGCCCGGCCAGACCUUGGUAACUCGCGGCCGCCUGGUGUGCCGGCAGUGGAGGGAUUUGAUCGACAGCCCCCUCCUCUGGACGCUCCAGUUCAAAAGGGACCCUUCCAAGUGGGAGGCUCUCUGGGCUUCCCUGGAAGCUGCCCGUCAGUGCCCCCGCAUGGAGUGGUGCCGGGUGGGAAUCCUGCAGCCCUUUGGGAGGAACCUGAUCAAGAACCCUCGUGGGGAAGAACAAUUCCAGCACUGGCAGGUCGGACAUGGGGAUGGCAUGUGUCUGGGGGGCAACACCUGCUGGAUCUCACAACUCAUCGAUUUGGUGACGGAAGGUUUGUGGGAAGACCUCUUGGACACAUUCCAACCAGAUAUUUUUAUCUCUGACUGGUGGGGCACCCAUGAAAAAUGUGGCUGCACUUACAACAUCUACGUCGUCCUCCUGGCAGCAGACAAAAAGUCAGUGAUUGCCAGAUUUGUCACAGAGACAGACUCCACAGAGGAAUGGAACAUCCCCUUUCAGCUGGCUUUGCACGUCUUCAGACAGUAUGGCCCCGGAGCGUUCCAGCACAUCGGCAAUCGGCCCACAGCAGAGCACACGGAAGCUCACGUCACCCACUCUACUGUCCUGGUGAAAUUCUCACAGUGUCACAGCCCUAGUCUUGUCCAAUAAACAAAUCAGUACUGUGAAA